AUGGCCAGCGUGAUGAGUAAUGAAGAAAGUCAGAAAAAAUGGCCGCAAAUCGUGCAUGAAGUGGUCGACACAGCGGAUCGCGUAACGCGUAUUACCGAACGGAUUAUUGCAAAAUCAAAUUCUGUUUUCCAGGCACAACUAAUGACUGCAAAGACUGAUCAUAUGCUAAAAUCGCUGCUUGAGGUGCUACAGAGUCUGGACGAGGUGCAGGAGAAAGUGGCUGAUGGCAUGAAACGACUUACAGCUCGAGGUACAACUCUCACUGCAACAAUUACCCAACUCAUAUCAACUGUGCGAUCUGUAUAA